UUGGAGGUCUGAGAGAGUAGCUGGUCGUGGGGCACAGGGGGGCUCAGGUAUCUCAGAGGAAUAACUGGACGAGGGGAGAAUAAGGGAGAGGACCCAGAAUUGGGAUGGGGACACUGAGGGACAUGCUGAGGAAGAGAUUGGAGGACAACAGAGAGCAUGAGUGUGUGUUGUGUGUGUCCUGGGGGGGGUGGGGACUGUGGUCGCUACGAUCACCAUGGCAGUGGGCGCAAAGGAUGGUGCCGGGUCCCUUCUCCCUGGGAGGGGUGGGUUCCAGGAGUCCCAGCCCUAGGCUUUUCCAGGGUUUCCACUCUGUCUUAAACCCUCUCUGUGCUGCUGGAGCUGGUGACAGGGAAGGGGCUCCAGCCCCCUGCUCUCCAUCAGCCUCCCUUUCCCACUGCCAUCAAUUAUUCAUCAGCCCAGACACCCGCCCUCCCUGGCAGGGCAGGCUGGUCCUCCUCCCAUGCCCCGCCCCAGCCACACUGCCACAGAGGCCCUGGUGAGGAAGGACGGCCAGCCGGGCUGAGAUACCUGGCUGACGGGCUGGGUGGCUGGCUCUGCCGGACUCUGCCUGGGGUCACAUCGCCUUCCCCUCUGGCACCUUCCCCCUUCCUCCUGCAAAUCCCUGGCACAAGGAAGCCCCUGGAGAAAAUGCCCAUCCAGAUCUUCUGCUCCGUGUCAUUCUCCUCUGGAGAGGAGGCCCCAGGACGCUUGGGAGAUAUUUGGGGUCCCCACCACCAUCAGCAGCAGCAGGACCUCUCAGAAUCGGAAGAGGAGGAAGAAGAGAAGGAAAAGGAGGCAGUGAGGAAGGAGGCCAGCGAGGGGCAUUCACCCAUGGACUUGGUGGCCUUUGCCAACAGCUGCACCCUCCACGGCACCAACCACAUUUUUGUGGAGGGGGGUCCAGGGCCAAGGCAGGUGCUGUGGGCGGUGGCCUUUGUCCUGGCACUGGGUGCCUUCCUGUGCCAGGUAGGGGACCGCGUUGCUUAUUACCUCAGCUACCCACACGUGACCCUUCUAAACGAAGUGGCCACCACGGAGUUGGCCUUCCCGGCAGUCACCCUCUGCAACACUAAUGCUGUGCGGCUUUCCCAGCUCAGCUACCCUGACUUGCUUUAUCUGGCCCCCAUGCUGGGACUGGAUGAAAGUGAUGAUCCCGGGGUGCCCCUCGCUCCACCAGGCCCUGAGGCCUUUUCUGGGGAGCCCUUUAACCUGCACCGCUUCUACAAUCGCUCCUGCCACCGGCUGGAGGACAUGCUGCUCUAUUGCUCCUACCAAGGGGGACCCUGCGGCCCUCACAACUUCUCAGUGGUCUUCACACGCUAUGGAAAGUGCUACACGUUCAACUCGGGCCGAGAUGGGCGGCCGCGGCUGAAGACCAUGAAGGGUGGGACGGGCAAUGGGCUGGAAAUCAUGCUGGACAUCCAGCAGGACGAGUACCUGCCUGUGUGGGGGGAGACUGAUGAGACGUCCUUCGAAGCAGGCAUCAAAGUGCAGAUCCAUAGUCAGGAUGAACCUCCUUUCAUCGACCAGCUGGGCUUUGGCGUGGCCCCAGGCUUCCAGACCUUUGUGGCCUGCCAGGAGCAGCGGCUCAUCUACCUGCCCCCGCCCUGGGGCACCUGCAAAGCUGUCACCAUGGACUCGGAUUUGGAUUUCUUCGACUCCUACAGCAUUACUGCCUGCCGCAUCGACUGUGAGACGCGCUACCUGGUGGAGAACUGCAACUGCCGCAUGGUGCACAUGCCAGGGGAUGCCCCAUACUGUACUCCAGAGCAGUACAAGGAGUGUGCAGAUCCUGCUCUGGACUUCCUGGUGGAGAAGGACCAGGAGUACUGCGUGUGUGAAAUGCCUUGCAACCUGACCCGCUAUGGCAAGGAGCUGUCCAUGGUCAAGAUCCCCAGCAAAGCCUCAGCCAAGUACCUGGCCAAGAAGUUCAACAAAUCUGAGCAAUACAUAGGGGAGAACAUCCUGGUGCUGGACAUUUUCUUUGAAGUCCUCAACUAUGAGACCAUUGAACAGAAGAAGGCCUAUGAGAUUGCAGGGCUCCUGGGUGACAUCGGGGGCCAGAUGGGGCUGUUCAUCGGGGCCAGCAUCCUCACGGUGCUGGAGCUCUUUGACUACGCCUACGAGGUCAUUAAGCACAAGCUGUGCCGACGAGGAAAAUGCCAGAAGGAGGCCAAAAGGAGCAGUGCGGACAAGGGCGUGGCCCUCAGCCUGGACGACGUCAAAAGACACAACCCGUGCGAGAGCCUCCGGGGCCACCCUGCCGGGAUGACAUACGCUGCCAACAUCCUACCUCACCAUCCGGCCCGAGGCACGUUCGAGGACUUUACCUGCUGAGCCCCGCAGGCUGCUGAACCAAAGGCCUAGAUGGGGAGGACUAGGAGAGCGAGGGGGCCCCCAGCUGCCUCCUCACAUCUGCCCUGGGGACUCCCCACGCUCCGGGGCAGAUCUUUCCUCUUGUCUGUGGUAAGGAAGGAGUCUUAACCAUAGAGUCCUCUCCCUGCCUCUAUCCCAUUCUUUUUACGUUUAACAAAACUAAUCUAAAAAAGAACUAAAAA